GUCGUCUUCAUUAAAGAUUUUAUUUUUCUUAAUUUCUUACCACUUUUGUAUUGUACCUUUUCCCCAAUUUUCUCAUAAACCAUCAACUACUAAGGAAAUAGAUAAACACACACACAAACACAGAGUGCUCUGUUUUUUUCUGCAUCAAGUCUCAUGAUUCAGUUUAUUUUUUGGGAAGGGGAUCUGGGCCGACAUCAAAACCUCUUCUUGUCUUCACCAAGAAGCUAAAGAAUCAGUGAGGAUAGAUUCAAAGCAUCGAUAAAUUCUCAAUUGCUAGCGAUUUUGUAUGGUAGUGGAUGGGGAGGAGACUCUGAUUCUUGAUUUGCUGUUUAAAAAUUCGAUCUUGAGCUUCUUUCUUGUUUUGGGAGUGUCGGUGUUGAUGGUUAAGAGCAAGGCGUUUGGUGGGAAUGGGGUGCUUUACCCCAUUGUCGGCUUUGUGUCGUGUGUGGCCUUCGUAUACUUGUCAUUUGGGGAUUUGUGGAUGAAUAUUCAUGUGGAUACGACGAAAUUGAGCUUUGUGGAGAGGAAUGGGACUCAGUUCGUAGUCGAUGGCAGGCCGUUCUAUUUCAAUGGGUGGAAUUCUUACUGGAUGAUGGAUCAUGCUGCUGAUGCAUUCAGGAGGGGGAAGGUUAGGGAAAUGCUGCAGACUGGUGCAAGAAUGGGGCUCACUGUGUGCAGGACUUGGGCUUUCAAUGAUGGGGAAUACAAUGCUCUCCAAAUCACCCCCGGUCGAUUCGAUGAGAGAGUGUUUAGGGCCUUAGAUUAUGUUAUCGCAGAAUCUAGAAGAUACGGUAUAAGGCUGAUGCUGUGCUUGGUAAAUAACUUGCAAGCUUACGGUGGAAAGACGCAAUAUGUCAAGUGGGCGUGGGAAGAAGGCGUUGGUUUGAGUUCUUCUAAUGAUUCGUUCUUUUAUGACCCAUCUAUCCGCCGCUACUUCAAGCAUUAUGUUAAGACUGUUCUAACCAGGAGGAACACAUUAACCGGAGUCGAGUAUAGGGACGAUCCAACUAUCUUUGGGUGGGAGUUGAUCAAUGAACCCCGCUGUAUGACUGACAAAUCCGGUGAUACACUACAGGACUGGAUAGAAGAAAUGUCGACUUUUAUUAAGGAAAUCGACCGGAACCAUCUGCUUACCGUGGGGCUAGAAGGAUUCUAUGGACCUAAAAGUCCGAAAAGAUUGACUGUCAAUCCCGAGAUCUGGGCAUCUGAUGUGGGAACUGAUUUCAUUCGCAAUUCAAAGAUCUCGACAGUCGACUUUGCAUCGGUUCAUAUCUACCCUGAUCACUGGACACACAACCCCGAUUUUGAAUACAAGCUGAAGUUCGUGGCCAAGUGGAUGAUCUCCCACAUUGAAGACGGCGACAAGGAGCUGAAAAAGCCCGUGAUGUUCACAGAGUUCGGGCUUUCCACUGAGAACGCGGACUUCAGCCCUGCUCAGCGCGAGAGGUUCUACAAAGUGAUUCUCGACAUCAUGUACAAGUCCGCAGUGAGGAACAAGUCGGGUGCAGGAUCUCUCGUGUGGCAGUUCCUGGUCGAAGGGAUGGAGGAGUCCAACGACGACUUUGGGAUCAUCCCGUGGAAGAGGCAGUCGACGUAUCAGCUCUUCACCGAGCAGUCGUGCAAGCUCGCACGAGUUCAAGGUGCACUCUCUACACAAAUAAAUUACUUGAGAAAACUGUGCUCUUCUCUCUAAAGUGAGUUUCUUCCCUUUGAUCUGUUUUUUUUUUCAUCUUUUGUUUGUCACACAUAUAGGUGUAUAAUUUUAUUAAUGGAAAACAUUAGUUUUUUGGUGCA